AUGAGUCGCUUAACUUCAAACUCGGGUAAAUCCAUCAGUCAGAUUAUGCGAUUUUGGUAUUAAGAAAAGGUAAUAGGGUAGAUAUUUGCUGAGAGGGUCGAAUGGAUUUACCCGAGUUUGAAGUUAAGCGACACAAAUAAAUCAUUUUUUAGAUGCAAGUGGAAACGACCAAUAUCGAUGUCAUCACUCGCACGGUUUCAAACAGUUGUCAAGAUUAAAUACUUCCCACAAUAUUUAUUUCAUAACGUUCGUAUCCCAGCGCCAGCCCUACCAGUCGCAGAUUCCAAGAUGGCGAUGAAGACGCUAAACCCGAUCCAGCACAAGCUGACUCGCACCACGCACCACUCGGUGCGCUUCACUAGCGACGAACUACCCAAAUACAAGCCUCUCGACUCUUCCGACUCCAGCCCUCCUAUGUUCGCUCCGAGCUCGUACCCCGACCAUGACUCGGGCGCGCCGAGCCCGGAGUUCCCCGCCAGCUUCCAGCCGGCCGCGCAGCGCUUGCGACAUAAUGAGCAGCGCAUAAAACUGCUGAAUCAAAUAAACACGAUCGUGCAGCAACGUGCAGAGCUCGAGUCGAACAGACUCACACUCUCCACGCUUCUAGACGAACUAAGAAGGAAGCUGAAGAGGCGGGUAGAAGAGUGCCAUCUCGAGAAGAAAGAAAAGUUGAAGGCGUUGAAACAAUCGAACCUGCGCCUCGAAAAGGAAAAGCUGGGUCUGACCGCGGAGAUAGAGCACGUGAAGCGCCAUCUGUUGAAAGAGGAGGCGCAUCACGUGCAGCACGCCAGAACCGCGGUCGCGCAGGCGAUCCAAGGUGUGACGAAGGCGGGGCCUUCUGAUAGCCUCUUCAGCACGUGUUCGGUGUCCGAGCUGCCCAAUCUCGUCAGCAGGAAUGUCGCCAAAAACGCUCCUUCCCGUGCUGCUGACAGCAAACUAGCGGCAGCGCGUUUGAUGCGAGACAUCGCGGAACUUCGGCAGCGCGUCGCGCAAGUUGAAAUCAGGCUCGCCAACGAGCAGAAGCGCAAGCGGCAAGCGGAGCAGGACAUUGUGCGCCUGCGCAAGGAACUCUCCAACACGAAGAGCUGCAUCGCCUCGCUGCGUCUCGCGCCGCCGCCAUUACGCAAGCAAUGCUCCAAGUUCGCUUAAAACACCAACAAACCACAACUGUUAUUUAUUAACGACAUCUUUAAUUCUAGAGAGAACGUUACCACAGGAAUAUCCAAUAGAUGGCGCUAUGAGUUAUCGUGGUUAUAUCGUCACUAGCGACAUCAUGUAAUAAACUCAGUUAUUGGAAAGAGUUGUAUUAAAAGAGGAGGUACUACCAUAAGUAUCAUAGCGGAACUCGAACUUCACAUAAUUAUAUCAAACGUUUCCACCACUGUGUAAGACACCAUCACCCAACAACACAAUCUAUCAAUACUAUAUAAUAGAUGGCGCUAUGACCUAAGGAUUUUACAUUGACCACUAGCGACAUCUAGUGUAAUAACCACUAAGUCAAAUUUUUAAAUAAAUGCUCUAACAGCUCUAACCUAACGUAAAAGCGAGGAAAAUUGUAUUGACAUUUGGUAUUAUAUAUUUUUCCGAUCUAGUUAAAAACAUCCACAUUCGUAACAAUUUGUAAAAUGUUUUUAGUAAAAUUUAGGUUUAAUAAGUACCAAACAUUUGACAACGAGUAUAUUAAAGUAAUAAUCUAGUCAGUAAAAUAGUUUUUCAUUAGAUAAUUAUAUAAAUAUUUAAUUUAUCAGGUAAGUAUGUACUAAUAUUAGCGUAGAAGAAUAUAUAGUCGCACCAAUAAAAGUCUGCAGCGGAUUUGAUACUUGAUAGCCCACGCCGUGUAAGUGUUAAGAAGAAGAAAAAGAA